CGCAUUGAAUGACGCAUUAUCCGUCCAAUGAGAAGCCAGGUAACGGUAACUUAUUUUGGGAUAAAUGUCAAAAACACAUUAUGAAUGUAUAACUUUACGCGCAUAUUUUCCAACGUCUGGCUAAAUGUAAAGCGAAUUAAAUCAAAAUUGUUUUAUAAUCUCCACAACUAGCAUACUGUUGUAAGCAAGGUGCUUCCCCCGAGCUAUAUUUAGUAAGAAUAAUUUUGAUCUUAAAAUGUCUGGACCCUCUGUUUUUGUGGACAUGUUGUUCGUCAACAUAAAUGUGCUUCGGUAGUACAGAACCACGUUGGCGUGCGUCAAAGCGUUUACUGCGCAUGCUCGACGCGCAUCGUCCAGCCUUGCCAAGACCAGCCCCUGUUCUUCACCAAUGAACGGGCAAAUUUACAAGCGGCAUACGCGUUUAACUAUGGCCGAGACGGACGGUGACAGCUUAUGAACAAUUCGUUGGAUGACUAAACGACAUAGUCAUCGACUAGACUCAACGUUGGACAUAAGUUGGUUAUAAAGCCGCGAGACUGAAGCACCGGGCAAGAGAAGUCUGCUCCUCGGUCCGGUCAGCAAUUACGCGCAUCCCAUCUCGGAGAUUUACCGAUCGACCCGAAUAUGAAAGAUGGCAAAUGCAUCACUCAGCAAAGAUCCAGAGCGCAAUCAUCAUUUUCUCUCAGUCCUUUCUGGACACCGUUUAAUUUGGUAGUUUUAUGUGGUUUGAUGCAGAAUUUCGCAGGAGCAACGUUCAAUAGACAAUCGUUGUUUUAGUAGGGAAUCAGUUUUAGUUCAUCUCAGUAAAAUCAUGGAUAUUUGGACUUGGCUGUGUUAAGAUACCUAUUUCCUGUCCUUAAGUAUGGAUCAAGAUAAUGAUCAUGAACUCUGCGAGGCCCCUUUGCAUGGCCUUUACGGGCCCAACCGGAUGCGUCCGUCCUCGUACCGGGCACUGCGGAGCGCCGUGUCCAGUCUGGCGCGCAUUGACGAUUUCUUCUGUGAAAAAAUCGGCUCCGGCUUCUUCUCUGAAGUCUUCAAGGUGCAGCACAGGAUCACAGGGCAGGUGAUGGCUCUGAAGAUGAACACGCUGGCCAGUAAUAAAGCUAACAUGCUGAGAGAGGUGCAGCUCAUGAACCGUCUUUGCCACCCCAACAUCCUCAGGUUUUUAGGGGUGUGUGUUCACGAAGGACAGCUUCAUGCUCUCACUGAGUAUAUUAAUGGAGGAAACCUGGAGCAGCUGCUAGACAGUGAUAUAUAUCUGUCAUGGACCGUGAGGAUCGGUCUAUCUCUGGACAUUGCUAGAGGAUUGCAGUAUCUACACAGCAAGGGUAUUUUCCACCGUGAUCUCACGUCCAAGAAUUGUCUGGUGCGUUGUGAAAAUGGUGCUUUCACAGCUGUUGUUGGGGACUUUGGACUGGCAGAGAAAAUCCCAGAUUACAUUGAUGGUGUUGAAAAGCAACCUUUGGCUAUUGUGGGCUCCCCCUACUGGAUGGCUCCAGAAAUGCUGAGAGGAGAACUUUACGAUGAGAAGGUGGAUGUCUUUUCAUAUGGAAUAAUUCUUUGUGAGAUCAUUGCCCGAAUUGAGGCCGACCCAGACAUCCUCCCUCGAACAGAGGAUUUUGGAUUGGAUAUUGACACCUUUGAGCACAUGGUGGGAGACUGUCCACCUUCGUUUCUUCGUUUGGCUGUCAACUGCUGCAAUAUGUGUGCAGACAGUCGUCCUGCCUUCUCCAAAAUAGUAGUGACUCUUGAGAGCAUACAGAGCGAGAGAGAGAAGAGUGAAGCUCCAGUCAUAUUAGAACCUGUUGCAAUUGAUGAAAGCCCCUACAGGAGGAGAAGUUCGCUAUGCCAUCCGGUUAACCAGCGUCUGUCGCGCAGUCAGUCAGAUGUACUGCCUCCUGCCACAUCGCCGUGUUUGGGUACACCUGCACGGGUCAACCCUUUCUCUCUUCGCCAAGACCUCAACGGUGGUCGCAUCAAGCUGUUCGACACCCCUAGCAAAUCCGUCAUCUCUCUUACUUUUACCCUACCACCGCCUCCAGACCCCUGCACAUCCCCAGCUCUUAACUACAGCUCGGGAUUCCGCGGACCGCCUCGAAGGUGCCGGUCCUUACCGUGCACUCCCGAUCUUGGUAGACAGCUCCCCUUCCAAGAUCAAGAGGGGAAGGAAAAUGAGGAGAGCAAUGAAGAACUACUUGAAAAUGAAAUGAAUAAGAAAGAGUUGGAGAUAUUGAAGGAUGAGGUGGAUGACUCAAACCUGGUGCUGGACUUAGAGAUGGUGUCUUUAGAGCGGGUAGAUGAGGAAGAGGAUGAAGAUGUUGAGAAGGACGGAUUGUGCCACACAGAACCAAUGGACUGUAGCAGCUCCCCCGACACCAUGCCAGGAAAGCGGUUUAUCUGCGGUUCUUAUUCAUCCUCCUCCUCCUCCUCCUUAAAGCCCAAUGGCUGGCCUGCGCCAAUCUCUAAUGGGCCACCAUUAUUACCCUCCCUUCCCCGUUUUGACAAUAACAAUAGACUUCUGAGACCCGGGCCGCCAUUAGCAUGGGCUAGACUAAACGGUUACCGCGGCCCUGCCCCAGCAUCAUUACCACCUACCGCAGAACAAGAUGAUGUCAUGUCUUGUCCGGCCUGCUGCCUGGCUGGGUUCAGUUUCCCUUCCUUGUGCCUGCGCAUAGCCCCUUCUCGUCGUGGACCUCCAAGACGACCAUACAGGAACUUGAAUGGAGGGGAGACGCCCGCAACCACAGCAAAGGGACUGCUCUGUCGGGGAACGAAGGGCCUGGCCCCACCCACAGCAACCUGUGAGCCAGGGUUACCCCUUCCAGAGGCCCAGACCUAAUAGAGUCGGGCUAAAGUAUUUAUGGCACAUUUACUGGAAGAAAGCUGAGAAUCACAAGCACUAGUUUUGCUGUAAGUGGUUGAAACAGUGAAGUAAAUAUAUGUACUGUAUCAUAUGUGAGAACAUAUAGGAUUGAAUGGAAAGGCAUGCUGAUCUUGGUGUUGGUCAGUUACACCUUUAUCCAAACUCACAGUUAAUAUUAUUAUACAACAAUGGGUGCUUUUUGACGUGUUCUAUUUUAGCUCCGUUAGUGUUGAAUUGAAUCAAAGCCACUGUGUUUAAACGAAAACUGUGUUUGGAAAGACAAAUUAGUGGCUUGUAAAGUAUUUUAAACAUGUCUUAUUUAUUUAUUUAUUUAUUAGAUAAUCAUUCCUCAUUAAGAUUGAGUGUUUUUAUGAGAGCGUACAAAUAUGUGUGACACUGUGUGACGUUCGUUGAUACUUCUUUGUGAUACAUAUGUAUGUUUAGAUGCAACGUACGCAAUACGUCAUAUGGUGAAUCUGUAUACUGUUCUAUUUAUUAGGCUUUUAUAAAUGAAAAACAUUACACAUUAAGACACUUUGGGGGUUUUGGCUAGAAGGGAUCCAACAAAUAGCGAUAUUUUGUGAGAUGAUGAGUUUGGGGAUAGGAAUAGGAUGAAAACCGCACACAUUCAGCAAGACUACAAAAGUUUUUGGUGUUUGCUGUAUCCCUUCUAGCCAUAACCACUUAGAUUGGUGCUUAUAGAGUGCGUCGGUUUAUUUUUUAUAUCUCCACCUAGUGGUAAGGAGGAUUUAUUCUUGCUAGACUAAUGCUGCUCUUAAUGAAUUUGACCUUAACCUUUGAUCUAAAACUAGAUCAGCUUUUUGUGAUGUUCAAGGUAUGAAUCGUAUGUAGAAAAGCUGUUCUUAAACCUGCACAAAACAGCAUCUUUAACAUGGUGUUUAUAUCCACGUAAACCCAUUUGAUCAACUCCUGAUUAUGUCAAAUGAAUUUCACAGGAAUCUAGAUGCAGUAAUGCAUAUAGGCCUGGGAAUGCAACUUUCUCGGUCUAAAAUAAAUAAAUAAACUGUAGAGGUUUUGAAUGAGUUUGUGGUUAGAUUAAAAACCAGAAACUCAGAUUGUAAUGUUGUGUUUCUUCUGGUCUGUGUUUACAAUCUGUCAGUCAGGCACGAUCAAUGAAGUGUAUAUAACCUCUCUGAAAUACAUCCAUGCUGAAUUUUUCUCAUUCUUGUACACCUGCUUAUCAGUUAAGCAAAGGAAGUAUCUGCAUGGCGAGUACUGCACUACACAAGCGAUCUGUACAUAGCAAUGCAUGACAAUAGACAAAAAGGUGUCCAACUUGUUAUUACUUAGCUUCAGGCUGCUAUCAGAGGUGAAGAUUAAGUCUCAAGACAAAUUUAAAGAGAGAUUAGAUAUGGAGGUAAUAAGAAGUGCUCUUGGUUUAUCUAACUUAACAAGUUAUUGAUUUCAUAACUUGGUGAAGAAUGUUGUAAUUUACAAAUUGCUUUGUUACAAUUGUUAAAAAAUUAUAUUUGGAUACUAAUAUGUCCAGUAUGGAACCGAGGGUGUUAAACUCAAUUUUGUCAUUUUCUUUAUAGAAAUUUGAUAAUGCUAACUGAUUUUUGGUUUACAGAAGAGAAAUUCUAAUGAAAGCAAUUUGAUAAUGUGGACUUGUAUAACUUGCCUCCUUCAGUAAGUAACGAAGUGAUGUUAAAAGAUUGGGCAUGGAUGCAUCUGUAAAGUCACAUUACUGUAUGUAUUUUUUUCUAAGAGAGAACAUGUGUCUCUCGAAACGCAAAGCACUUAUCACUAUUAUUAUUGUCAUUAGUUCUGGGGAACAACAGCUUUAAUAAAUGUCAAUGAUUCAUGUUAUUUAUGAAAAUGUCAAAUUAAAAAGACAAUGUAAAACGCUGUCACUCU